ACGAUUUACUAUAGCUACGAUUUAAGAUAAUAUCUUAACAGCUGUCGUAAAAAAGAUAUUAAUGUUAUCAUAUAGAAUUAAUCUUUGUAGUCUGUGCUUUGUAUAUUAUUAUUAUCAUUAUCAUAGAACUGUAUUUAAAUAAUAUGAUUUAGGAAAAAUAUGCUAAUUAAUAAUUAUAAUUUAUAUUAUAUUCUCUACGUCAUGAUUGGGUGCAGAUCAUAGAAGUACGAAAGCCACACUAACACAGUAGAAUUAAAUGCGCAAUUUAUUGUGAACUUGGUGUCGACAAAAACAAAUAGAAGAACAUUAUACAAACAUCAAAUGAACAUUUGUGUACAUUUUUGUUUCAAUAGUGUGUUAUGAUAAUUCUGGCAAUUUGACAAAUUAAUACGUGUCGUUACGUGUUGUGCAACAAUUUAUAAACUAUGGAAUCUGUAACUACAAGGGUGAACGAUGAGAGACGAAAAAGGGUGUAUGUUGGUGAUUUACCUAAUGACUUUUUACGUCUAGACGUGGUUUCAGUAGAUGAUUCAACUAAUAGAUUACAACAAGAAGCUGCUGACCAGCAAGCUGCUAUGGCUCUACAACAAGCAUUGUCUUGUGUGCAAGGAGACCGUGAUAGAAAUAGACUAAAUAUUACAAUAGUACAAGCACGGCUCGUCAAAAACUAUGGAUUAACCAGAAUGGAUCCAUAUGUACGCCUCAGAGUUGGACAUUGUGUAUAUGAAACACAAACGGAUCCUAAUGGUGGUAAAACCCCUAAGUGGCAUAAAACAGUUCAAACACUUCCACAAGAAGGUGUUAAUCAAAUUCAUGUAGAAAUAUUUGAUGAAUGUUCUUUCAAAAUGGAUGAACUUAUUGCUUGGACAACAAUACCAAUUCCUAAUCAAAUUUAUAAAGGGGUUACAAUUGAACAGUGGUACAAUCUAACUGGUAAACAAGGACCAAAUAAUGAAGGAACUAUAAAUAUAAUUAUAAGUUUUGGAACUCCGCCUAGUUUGGGUUUAACAAAUUCAGUUAUGAUGCUGCCACAAAUGUCAAAAUUCAGCAAUUCAAGUGCCAGUUUAACUCCUAUUUACAUUCAACCUUCAGCACCACAAGUGCCAACUCUUAGUACAGAAGACUUGAAACAAAUUCAAGACAUGUUCCCAAAUAUGGAUAAGGAAACAGUGAAAACUGUUUUUGAAGCCAACAAUGGUAACAAAGAUCUUACCGUUAAUUCCUUACUCCAAUUGGUCGACUAAAUAUUUGUUAAACAGUUAAGCUUUUACAUUAAUUCAUGAUAUAUUAGUGCCAUGUCUGCAUUUUGGUACCAUUAUUAAAAGGUACCCAAUAAUUGCCUAUAGUGGGUUCUUGCCUUAACCACUUCUCAUUUGGUUUAAUUAAUAAAGCAAAUGCAAAUCAGUUAUCACAUAUUGGAUUAUAUUACAAGAAUAAUAUUAAUGUAUCUAGUCUAUAUUAGUAGUAGACUUGUAGUUAAAUAUUUGUCAAUUUGUCCACAAUGGCACAAUUCAUUAAUAUAUCAACUGAAAUUCAAAAAAACAUAAUAACAAAAUAAUUAUUAAUCUCUUAGUAGUUAAUAAAUAUAUUGAUUUAGGACGAGUUACAUAAAGAGCAGUCUGUAAAUCUGUUACUGGCCCUGUAAUUUAUUCAUUCUAUAAAGUUAAUGAUGGUGUUAAACUAUGCUAGUGUUGUAUAUACAAAUAUUAAAUUAUUGAUAAGCGUGAUUACCAAAUAUAUUAAACCAUCAAUAACAUUAAUUAUAGGUACUUGUUUGCUAUCACCCCGCCAGUACAGCGUAUAAAAUUUAUCUCCCCGCCACUCUUGUUUGUUAUCGCACCCCGCUAUAUAGUUUUAUUAGACAUUUUUACAUUAGUGUGUCAUUAUUGUUCCUAAAGUUAUCGACAAUCGUGUAUUCUUGUUUAGCUCGUGGAUAGAUGAUCUAUUUUAGGAAAUAAUCACACUUUAAACCACAACUAUAAUUUUGUUUACCCGGUCACAGGGGCGCACACCCGAAACAUCGAGCUGUUGUGUGGUUUUGCUAAAAGGGGAGAUAAAGUGUCGUGGAACUAGGUAUAAUAAAAAUUAUCUGGAAUCGUAUUCGGCAGAACUUUUGUGGAGAACAUGUCUCAGGGAACAUGAUACAUUUGAAACUAUCUUAAAAGAUAUUUCUGAGUUCUGGCCCGCUUAAUAAAUUUAAUAUUUUUUUUUUUAAUUUAUAAUUGUAUACAUAUUUUUAAUUAAAAUUUUAUAUAUAAAAUAAUAUUGUUUAAUUUAUAAUACAAUAUAUUAUUUUCAUUUUUAUUGUUUAUUUUUUUUUUUUUUUUAUUGAUCUUGAGCCCGGCAGCUGAGGCCAUUAGCUAUUUUUGGUUUUUACUGUAGGUUAUUAAGUCGGUAGGGGGAGGAACAUGUAUGUGUUUAGUUUGGCAGAGUUUUUGAUUGGGCACCCGUAGGUAUCUGCCAUGCCCGGAUGGAGGAUGGCGGCACUUGUUCUCCGGACACCGUGACUUGCCCAAAGAAAAUGCCGCCCGCGACCAAGGUAUCGAACUCGGGCCGGCUGCAUCGCAGCCAACGCCUUAGUCCGCUCGGCCACUCCGUCUCCCAAUAUUAUUUAUUUUAUUCAUGAUGGGGCGAUAACAUUUAACAAACAAAAGUGGCGUUAUGAUACAUUUUAUACGGUGUACGAGCAGGGCAAUAACAAACAAGUACUAUUUAUAACAUCAAUGAUAUUUCAUCUAUCUGUAAGACGUAAGUUACUCAACCAAAAUUUGAUCUGUAGUUUACAGGUCUGGUAAUCGAUAGUUCAAAGAAACUAUAGUUUAACUAUUGGGCGCUCAAGAAACACCCAGUUUUAUUAACUGUUAACAUUUCUGUAAUUCGCUACAGGACAUUUAUGCAACCCACCCUAAGGAUUGUUUGUUUGGGAACUAUUUAUAAAUAAUAUUAAUCUUUCAUCAUUUUAUUUUGUUCUGUUAUUGCUAAUUUAAUGUUUAUGAUAUUAUACAUGUUUAUCUUUUUUUAAAUGACACAUACAUUUUUUAUCCAAUUUAUUAAAACUUACACAUUCCUAAUUUGUAAAUCAAAAUAUUUGUGUAUUGAGAUGAUAAAAUAGAUUUAUGACAGUUUGAUUAUUUCAUUGCUUUCUAGCAUAUUAUAUACAAUACAUUUUUUUAAAUCAUACAAAUAUUUAAAAGAUAAUUCACUACACUCUGCACCAUAAGAGAACAUAAUAUAUGGCUAGCGUAUCCAAAUAACUGCGCCCUAUCAUCACAAGGUCUAAUAUUUUCCUACUACGCGACUACUAGUAUGUGAAUACCAAGGCACCAACAAAAUGGUGCUCGGGCUGAUAUAUAGUGGUGUGUAUGUGUGCAAAUAGACAAGUUCUUUCAUAGCCCAAAGUAUACCUAAACCAGUUUUUAUACAAUUAAAAAAUGUAUGUUAUUAAUUUUAAUAUUGCAAAUUAUUACAUUCUGUAUUUUUGAAUAUAAAUAUUUAAAAAAAUGUUACAUUAAACUCAAUGUUUUUAAUAGGUACAUAACAUAUAAACACUUCAAUUUGUAGUUAUUUAUAGUAUAUAAAAUUAUUUAAAAAAUAAUACAUCAAAAUAUUUUCAAA